CAUUUACCUAAGAAAGAAAAUGUUCCUCGUUCUGUCAAAAAAAUAGAUUUAUGUUUAUAAACCCCUGACUCCUGAGAUAUUCUUUAAUAAUUCGUAAAGAGCAAACAAGAACAAUUACUAACACAUUUAAAAUUCUAAUUAUUCUCUUCUUCAAGUAAUUUCAUCAUAGUUUUAAAUAAUAGUACACUACUAUGUCGGCUCUUCGAGCAAGAUUAACUUCUGCUCUAUUAACUCGACGUUUAUUGAAUCAGACAAUAAACAAUUCAAAACAUUUAAACGGAGUUAUAGUGUACAAACAGAAUGGCAGCGCGAAGUUCAGCACUGCAUCAGAUCAAAAGCCAGCAGAAUCAAAAGGAAAUCCAGAAAAAAAGGAGUUUCAGGCCGAAACACGAAUGCUUCUUGAUAUUGUAGCAAGAUCUUUAUACUCCGAUAAAGAGGUAUUCAUUAGAGAACUUAUAUCCAAUGCUAGUGAUGCAUUGGAAAAGUUCAGGUACUUAAGUGUGAGCUCAGCAGCUGAAUCACUACAGUUAGAAAAUACUGAUAGAUCACUUGAAAUAAGGCUCACUACUGAUAAACAAAACAGAACCCUAGUAUUUCAAGAUUCUGGAAUUGGGAUGACAAAAGAGGAAUUGAUCCAAAAUUUAGGUACAAUAGCAAGAUCUGGUUCAAAAUCAUUUAUUGAAGAGGUUAAGAAACAAGGUGCUGAUGAAGCGAGUUCCAUCAUUGGACAGUUUGGUGUUGGCUUCUACUCUGCAUUUAUGGUUGCUGAUAAGAUUGAAGUGUUUACUAAAAGUAGUAAAACUGGAUCUCCAGGAUACAAAUGGACUUCAGACGGGUCUGGAACCUAUGAGAUUCAAGAAGUGGAUAAUGCACCAAUUGGAACAAAAAUUAUUGUAUACCUCAAAACAGACUGCAGGGAAUUUUCUGAUGAAGAAAAAGUUAAAACAAUAAUUAUGAAAUACAGCAACUUUAUUGGUAGUCCAAUUUAUCUGAAUGACACACAAGUCAAUUCUAUAAAGCCACUGUGGUUAAUGGACCCCAAAGAGGUGACACACGAACAACACAUUGAGUUUUACCGAUUCGUGGGCAAUUCGUACGACAAGCCGCGAUACACACUGCACUAUAAAACAGACGCCCCUUUAAGUAUACGGUCAAUAUUGUAUGUCCCAGAAGGAAAACCGGGGUUAUUUGAGCUAUCGAGAGAUUCUGACGUUGGAGUUGCUUUGUAUUCACGAAAAAUUUUAAUUAAAAGCAAGGCAGAAAAUAUUUUACCCAAGUGGUUAAGAUUUGUUAAAGGUGUUGUUGAUUCCGAAGACAUUCCUCUUAAUUUAAGUAGAGAGUUGUUACAGAAUAGUGCGUUAAUUGCAAAACUUCGACAUGUACUCACAAAUCGUUUCCUCAAAUUCAUGGUUGAGAACUCACAGAAAGAUCCCGUUGGAUAUGAUGCGUUCUACAAGGACUACUCCUUGUUCUUCAAAGAAGGGAUUGUUACGGGUCAAAGUCCUCUAGAAAAGGAAGAAAUAGCAAAACUACUACGUUUUGAAUCUUCAAAACUGGAAAGUGGUGUGAAGACAUCACUUGCCGAUUAUAGUGCAAGACAGAAGAAUGAUCAAAAGAGUAUAUAUUAUUUGGCCGCUCCGAGCCGUGAAUUAGCCCAAUCUUCCCCAUACUACGAAUCUCUCAAGAAGCGAGAUGUUGAGGUCCUUUUCUGUUAUGAGAUGUAUGAUGAAUUGGUUCUAUUGGAACUCAAGGAGUUCAAUGGAAGAAACCUUGUCUCAGUGGAAAACGAUAUGCAAAAGGACCCUGCUGGGAGCUCAGAUACCAUUAUUGGUAGCGAUGACCUACAACAGACCCAAGUGAAUGACCUGAUUUCAUAUUUAAAAUCACAUUUAACAGGCAAAGUGUUUGAAGUGAGAACAACCCAAAAGUUAGAUUCACAUCCGUGUGUAAUAAUUGUACCGGAAAUGGCUGCAGCUAGACAUUUUAUAAGAACUCAAGCUCAAAAUCUUAGUGAAGAAAAUAGAUUUGCACUUUUGAGACCACAAUUGGAGAUAAAUGCAAAGCACCCUAUCAUCAAGAAACUCCACAAGCUUAUAUCAAGUGAUAAGGAGCUGGCAAACAUGAUUGCACAACAGUUGUUUUCCAAUGCUAUGGUCACCGCAGGAUUAGUUAUGGACCCAAGAAAUCUGAUCACAAACAUAAAUGAUCUUCUUAUCAAGGCUUUAGAAAAGCAUUAAAAGAAUUAUGAAUGUUAAUGUCUAUUGGAAAUAAAUUAUUUGUUU